AGAGUUGUUUAGCUUUCAAUCAUGGAAAUGCAUUGAUGUGCCCUGUGUAGAGGAUGGAUGUGUUUUGGUUUUGUUUUCCUCUGCAUGUUUGCAGAAGAUUAGAUGGACUGUAAAUAUAGAUUUAUACUUGAUCUGCAUAUUUCACGCACAAUGUUGCAUUUGGAUAUAUAUUAAUGUAUCUUUCCAUUUAAAACAAUCGUCAUUUUACUUUUAUUCGGACGACUCUCUCUGAGCUCUCUGUGUUACUUUACUGUACUGUUGUUCCGAGAACAAAAAAACAUGGCGACAAAACCUUGCAGUUUUGAUAGAUCGUCAACUCAGUUUUUGUUUAAUUUUAGUGUUUAUAAAUAUUGUGUAUUAAUAUUAGGCGUUUUAUUGAUUAGCUAUAAUUGUGAAGUGUUAUCAGAUAAUCAGUGGUUGGAUUUACCUAAUCACCGCGCCGGGAGAAUUAAUAUUCGAAAUGUUGAUCUGGAUCCCUCAAAAAGGAAAAUAAACGAUGUGUUGACUCCAGAUUCGAAAGUUACAGAGUAUUUAACAGAUACUCGUCAAGAGACUGCUAAUCCAUCUGAUAUAGGAGGUAUAAUCAUUCAGCAAGCAUCUAAGGAUUUAUCAACAAGACUUCGAUGGCUUACUAAUUAUGAAAUCGGCAUAACUGACAUGCAGGCCAUCUAUGAUUCCCUCCCCUAUGAAGAAAGUCUCAAAAGAGAACAUGAAAGAUUGGAAGAGAUUGUGGAGAGAUUAAGAGUGCGCUUCCGCAAAUACUUGCAAGUCCUGAAGACCAAUAAGAUCACAGUGGAGAACCUGUACAAGUUUCAUGUGAAGCAGCCCAUUACUCUUGGAUACAGUUGUUGCAGUAUGGAAUGCAAGGACUUGAAGACUCAUGAGCUGUAUGGAUGUCAGAUUGCUACUCACACUAGCUGUGACCUGAUACCUCCAAGUAUACCUCGUGGAGUUUUUAAUCCAGGCAGAAAUCUGACUGAAGUGUGGAGGAGCAAUGCCCAGUACUUCCCCAGCUUGAAGUGGCAGUACUUCAUCUCCAUGGAAGGCCUGCACAACGAGUACCCAGCCAACACGUUCAGCAACCUGUGUGAUCAUUCCUUCCCUGGGCCUAAGGAUUGUCACAACAUCCACGACGUCAGGCACAGAGAUGUUUUCCUGCGAACAAUUCAGCCUCAAAGGAAAUAUGUUGUCAUCAUGAUGGACCAUGGCAACUCUUUGAGCCCCACACAGCUUCUGACAGCCAAAGCUAUAACAAAACAUCUGAUUGCCUCAUUCUCUGACAAUGACAGGAUUGGAGUGAUUGGUUUGUCCAACAAGCCUCUGUACCCUAGGUCAGAUCCCUGCCUUCCCCACACCAUGGUGCCAGCCACUUUUGAGACAAGGUUUUACUUCAGCAAGUUUAUUGACAACUUGGAGAAGCUCGACUCAAUCACCAAUCACACAUUAGGGUUUCUGAGAGCGUUUGAAAUGAUUGAAGAUUUGAUGGAGUCCAAUGCUAUUUCAGAUAAUGCUAUGAUCCUGUAUGUCAGCCGAGGCCUUCUUUCUUCUUUGACUGAAGCUCGGGAGGUGAUGGAUGUAGUGGCUAUACACAAUGCUAAAACUGGACACAAAGUCAUUAUAAACACAUACGCUGUCAUCGAUGAUGGCAAGACAAUUAUGUAUGAAAAAAGUUUCCUGAAAGAUGUGGCUUACCAGAACUUUGCCAGAUACGAUGUGCAGUACAGGCUGAAGAGUCCCCCAGUCGUUCGUGGCAUCAUGAUGGCUAUUAACUCCACCCAAGACUUGAGUUCUAGUGUUGGAAGGUUCUACCUCCCUUUGAACCGUACAGCUGAAGAUGACCCUGUGUUCUCAUUGCCCUAUAUUGAUGAGGCUGAUCGAGCGCUGACCAUGAGUCUUAGCCAGCCUUGUGUCCACACACUACCAGACAAACCUGACCUUCACCACUUGAUUGGCCUGGUAGGCAUUGACCUUCACAUGGAGGAUGUGGUCCAGGAUGUAACCUAUUACAGUCAUGCCGACAACUCUUAUGCCUUUAUUGUGACCUCACAGGGAUAUACUAUUAUGCACCCCUCCUUCCAGCGGCCAAUACGUACACGUGUCCAGCCUAUGCAUACAGAUAUCAGACAUUUUGAACAGCAUUCUGGUUUUUUGGAAAUUCGAUCAGCAAUUUUAAGCCUUGAUCAUGGAGACAGAAGUCUGGUUCUUCGCUCUAGCAAUCAAACUAGUGAGGAUGGGGACGAAGUGGUGGUAGAACACUCAGCUCGAUAUAUUUGGAAAAAGGUCGAGUCAGUUCCCUUCAUUGUAGUCAUCAAGUCUUACUAUGAGAGACAAGAACAAAAGCAACUAAAGAGCAUACUGAUGCUCAGCCAACCAGAACUGUUGUACCAUCGCCUGGAUUUGUUUCCCAAUGACAAGAUGUGUUACCAUUUAAAGCAGUUGUCAACACCAGACAUGAGCACAGUGUUUCUGUCAGCUAACAGCUUCAUCAACCCUUUUGAGCACUUAAGUGAAGAUGAAACUAAAAGAUCUGUGCAGAGUUACAUUGCCUACCUGAAGGAUGAUACUAGGCUUAUUACUAACCCUGGACUUAAGCCUCAAGUCAGAAAUGAUGUCGCAGCAACUGGAAGGAUCACAGAAGAAUGGUUGAAAAGACAUAAAGCCAGCAACCUGAAUGAUUAUAUUAUAAGGAGAUAUGUGGGUACACCAAUAGGAGUUUUGAGAACCUUCCCUGGUACUUUGUUAGACAAAAUAUUUGAUCCUACUAAAAGAGAAUGGUACACCCGAGCUUUAGAACACCCUGGACAUGUGACCCUCUCGGCCCCUUACUUGGAUGUAGGAGGGGCAGGCUACAUUGUCACCAUCAGUCAUACAAUAUACGAGGGAAAGCCGGCGGCUCUGCAUUCUCCAUCUGAUAAAGUUGUGGCUGUCAUGGGCAUAGACAUGACUUUGGGCUACUUUCAUAAACUGUUGAUAGCUCACAUCAAGCCUUGUGACACUAAAGGUGUCAGGUGUUUCCUGAUGGAUGACAAAGGCUACUUGAUAGCCCAUCCUGGACACAUAGACCCUACUGGUAAAGGUCCAGCAGAACAAAGGCAUAUAACUCACAUGGAACCAUUGGUAGCCAAUGACAUACUCAACCACAGAGGCUUUGUGCAGAAGAAGCUGUGCAACCGAUACAAUGACAGAACUGUGCAGAGAUAUUUCAGUUUUAACACCAGUUUUGUUGGUACUUUGACCAAUUUGGUCCAUGGAGAACAGUGUGCUAGAUAUCAGAUCACUCCCAUCCCAGGCACUAAUGCCUUUCUUGGCCUGGUGAACAACACUUGUGAUACAGCCACUGCCUUCUGUCCCUGUAGCAUGUACGACCGUCUCUGUCUCAAUUGCAAGCGUAUGGAGCAGACUGAGUGUGAGUGCCCCUGUGAAUGUCCACUUGAGAUGGACUUCUGUAGUGGUCAACUUUUGGACAUUGAUGACAAGAACCCGAGUUGUCCACAUGACCCAGAGAGAGAAAAGUUAGCUCUGCCUGAGACUGUUUUAAAAGUGGAGGUGGAGCAGUGCAUCCCAACAAGCUGUGAGAAGAGAACAACUAAACUAGACUGUUUGGGUGUGAUGGACUGUCAGUGGUGUCAGGUGCAAAAAGAUGGGAAGACGCCACUGGAGACACCAUACUGUGGCUCACAGAGAGUUUGUUUUGGUGGUGUACUGGGUGCUCACUCCCCAUAUGGAGAUGAGAUAAGUGUAGAGCCAGAGGGUCUAGAGCAGACAGGAGUCAAGAGUACCCCUGUGGGGCCUGUCGCUGGAGGGAUCAUGGGCUGCUUUCUGUUGCUGGCUCUGGGUGUGUAUUGUUACAGGCAUCAUGUCCACCGACACAACCACCACUACAUGAGCACCUUGCCAGACAACACCAAUAGGAUCUCACACUACUAUAACGAUGAGGACCAGGAGGGGGCUGAAGAUGUCAGUGCCGGAGAAUGUCACACAAAUUUUGUGUUGGCUUCCUUUGAGAAUCCUGCAAGUGUUUCUCCAUAUCGUGUCAACACGUCCUACAGACGACCAGCUGGAGGGGACAGCGAUCAUGGUUACAGCACAAUGACCCCUCAUGAAGACAGUGAGCAUGCGUCUAUGCCAUGCUUAGACCCAUUAUCUAUCGGUAAAGAUAGAUUUCGGCCUGCUGGCCAUACAUUGUCGCUGUGCAAGCCUCCAGUGCUUCCUCCGCCACCCCAGUCUUAUUCUCGUCGAAGUCGGAGCCCUACUCCGCCUCAGACUCGCCUGCCUACCUCAACUUAUUCGGUCAUCCCCGAACAGACAGUCCUUCCUUUUAAUAAGAGGCCCUUCAGCAUGCUGGACAAGUCCCAAACUGUCAUUCCAGAACAAGGGCCUCACAGUAUUUUAGCCAAUGUCCAGGUUCAUAUGGUAGAUUCACACUGACCUUGGCUUCUAGAUACAAAACUGCAACUAAUGACACUAGACACAUAGUGUCUUUGUGUUCUCUUAUCAAAGUGAUAUCAUCAGGAUGUACUUAAAAACAGUUGCCAUCACUAUACAAUAAAAGCAUUACGUGGUCAAUGUGUUUGUCAACAUGAAGACAACUACAGGUUUCCUGCACAAUAGGAAUGUGUAAGGAUGAACUAGGUCAUGCUUAACCCUAGGAUUAGCAGUACAAUCAUGUGUUCUGAAAUCUUUUAUUGUAUGCUGAAACUAUUGAUUGUUUGAAUGCUGUGUAAAGUGUCAAACAAGAGGAUCUCAAAAUUGUUUAGAUUAUACAGAAGACUUUAAACCUUAAACUUCAUCAAAUUUUGUUGUCUUUUUUAAAUUUGUAUUUAUAGAGUUUUUUUUAAAGAGAAUUGAGUCUUUGAUUAUACUUGCAAAAAAUUUUUAAAAUGUAAUCAAAAAAAAAAUUCAAUCUGAGAAUAUGUUAGAAUUGAAAGAUCUAAACAUAAAUUCAUCCUAGAUGACAUUCCAGAAAAAGAAUGUACUAGAAUAUUAGUCUAGUCCUUUUCCUCAUGUGGUCAAUCUCUUUCGGUUUACCAUUCUGUUUAUCUCUCUCCCUUCAUUUACAACUAGCAAAACAAUUUGUGUGAGCAUGUAGACGUGAAUGUGAUGGAGGCAGAAUCUGAGUAGCAUAACCUAAUGGACUGUGAUCAUUGAUUGGUAUGUGUACUUCUCUGUACAUUGUAUACAAAAUAAUUUUAUGUUCUUGAGUGUGUCUGCUAAAUCUAGAGCGUAACAUUGAAUGGGUUUUAUUUCUAGCUGAUUUUUAAAAAAAUGAAAAAAGUUUGGAUUGUUGUGAGUGCCAGUGUCACAAUUGUAGAAGUAAGUUCAUAAUUAGUUUCAGAUAUUUGAUGGCAAUGAAAGGAGGUCUGAGUAGUCUAGUGUUGCUUUUGGAAACAUUGCUAAGUCCUGCUGUCCUAAGGUUAGUCUCAAUGAAACAAGGAUCUCUAGGUUUUCAAUAUUUUGUAUGAGUGAUAUUAAGAUACUGGGGAAACUUGUGGCACUUGUUUAUGGUUUGAUUGAAAGUUUAUAUCAUUAACUAGCUCGUAGUAUAUGUUGAACUGGUAUUGAACUGUGACAGUAUGUUUAUUCUGUAUAUAGGACCUCUACAUCUAUGUAUAGCAUCAGUUCUCAGGGAUUAUGUUUAAGAAAAAAACAUGUAGAGAAAUCUGACCUCAUUUAUUUGUUGUUUUUUUUUUUUUGUUAAUGAAAUGACUUGGUUGUUAACUAGAUAAACCCUGUUUGUUCUCAUUUGGUUGUUCAUUGGUCUGUACAUUUGAAUCUUAUUUAUAGUUCUUUUUGUUAAGAAACUUAACUUUAAGAAUCAGGUUAGAGCUAUGAGAAUGUCCACCCAGCAUUAGAGUCUACAUCAAUGCUAGCCAAUGUUUCACAUUUUUUAAACUUUUAUUCUGGAAACAUUCUCGAUCGAACGCUUUAAAAUUUCACUCUUAGAUAGUAAUCAUUGUGCUGUUCCAUUUUGUAAAAUUUACUUUAUUGUAAAUAAGCUGCUUAGACUUGGGUAAACCUAAUUUUUUUUUCCACAUUGAUCUAAACAUAUUUAAGUUCAUUUUCGUUUUGAUCUGCUGAAAACAUAAACCACAAAGGCUGAUCUAAAUGGAAGUUAUUUUUGUGCUACAGUCUUAUUAUAUUAUUUAAACAUAAAAAAGAUGUGUCAUUUACUUAAGGCUGUUAUGCAGGUUAACUCUUUCUCUCCUAACUGACGAGACCAACGUUGAUUCCAACAGAAUGUGGUAAAUAAUUACAGAGAGAAAGAGUUAAGGCUAUGAUAAAAAUAUGUUUUAAGCAAGACUCUUGACUAGCCAGCCAUUGGGUUACACUCAAACAGGGGUUCUCCAUGAGGUAAAUACUUUAUUUAGAUGUUGUUAGUGGCUUCCAAGAAGUCUGAAGUUUGUUUGUGUUGUCCAUUGUGCAUGUGAGUCUGAGACAGAUACAUAAUGAAAACUAUUGUAUAUACCUAUCCUUUAUUGUUGUUGUUUUUUUUCAUACAUUAACAUGUAAAUGAUGUGAUAUAAAUAUUAAUACAAGAUUUAUAUACUUAUACAUUUUUUAAGCACACUCAUACGUGUGUAUGUAAAUAUAUAUAUAUAUAUAUAAAUGUUUUUAUGAACAAAGUGUUGUACUUAACAAUGAUGUAUAUUUGAAUGCUCCAUUUCACUUGAUUGUAGGUUCUAGGACUUUCAUAAUGUCUCUUGGUUUUGCGUGAGCCACAAAAUAAGUGGGGAUGGCCUCCCUUGUUAUGUGUCUGCUUUCCUUGGUGUAUCUCAAAUCUUUCACUUCUGGUAUGCAAAACAAAACAAAACAUUUGUUUCCUUAUAUGCAUUCUGUGUUGUUCACAUUUCAGUGUUAGCUCAGCACCUGACUGACUAGCUGGGUCUGGGGAGCUGUCUCUUCAUAGUUAAUCUAGUUCUUUAUCAGGUCUCCUAUGUUGAACUAUGUGCUAGGUCUUAAUGUACAUUACAAACAUGAACUACUGCGGUUUUUAUUAAGAAAAAUAAUUAUCACAAAUUAUUAUUAUUUUAUUAUUUGGCGGGUGGGGGGGGGGGGGUUUCAAAUCCUGAUGGAGAAUAGGGCUACAUGAUACUUCCUCACAUGUACACACAAACAUUAGACCAGAGCUUACUGAUUAUACAUUAGGAGCAAAGGAUAUCUUGAUCAUAGUUUGUCAUCCAUUUCUGAAGUAUUGAUUGCUCAUAGUUUCCAAGAAUAAAAGAAAUCAUGAUGAAAACAAUUGUUUUGUUCUAGGAAUGUUUGCAUCUUUAGAUAACUGUCAGGUUUAAGUCGUGGUUGCAUCUUUAGAUUUAGAUAACUGUCAGGUUUAAACAGUGUUUGCAUAUUUAGAUAACUGUCAGGUUUAAGUCGUGGUUGCAACUUUAGAUAACUGUCAGGUUUAAACAGUGGUUGCAUCUUUAGAUAACUGUCAGGUUUAAACAGUGGUUGCAUAUUUAGAUAACUGUCAGGUUUAAGUCAUGGUUGCAUCUUUAGAUAACUGUCAGGUUUAAACAGUGGUUGUAUCUUUAGAUAACUGUCAGGUUUAAGUCGUGGUUGCAUCUUUAGAUAACUGUCAGGUUUAAACAGUGGUUGCAUAUUUAGAUAACUGUCAGGUUUAAACAGUGGUUGUAUCUUUAGAUAACUGUCAGGUUUAAGUCGUGGUUGCAUCUUUAGAUAACUGUCAGGAUUAAGUCGUCGUUGCAUCUUUAGAUAACUGUCAGGAUUAAGUCGUGCUUGCAUCUUAAGAUAACUGUCAGGAUUAAGUCGUGGUUGCAUCUCUAGAUAAUUGUCAGGUUUAAGUCGUGGUUGCAUCUUUAGAUAACUGUCAGGUUUAAACAGUAGUUGUGUCUAUAGAUAACUGUCAAGUUUAAGCUGUGGUUGUUAGGUUUAAACAAUGGUUCUUGCCAGGUACUGAAGUAUAGCCCUACUCAGUGUAAGCAGAUAAAAUGAUAGAAGAUUUAUUGUACUAAUAUAUUAUCAGUUUCCCAACCAAAGAGUCUGUUACUUGUCUGUAUCUUGCGUUGACUGUACAUGUGUGCUGGCUAGAGUUUCUUUCAUGUCCAGACUUAUUGAUGCAUAGAAUGACUUUUCUUAAUGCCUGUCAUUGGUGCAAGCCAGUUUCAUAAUUACACAGUACAUUUUGUCAUAUGACUAUUUUAUGUCUUCAUAUUCAUGUCUGCUGUUAAGGCUACAAUCUGAACGAUAUUUUUGAUUGCAAAAUAGAAUGCUGUGAGUUGGUUGUUGCCCUUGAUUGUUUUUUGUUUUUUAUUUGAUUGUACAUGUGUCCCAAACAUUGUAGCUGUCUGGUGUGUGUGUGUGUGUGUUCUGGGAGGAUGAAGCAAGGGAUAUGUUGUGAUUAGAAUAAUGUUAAUAAAACAUGGACUAUAUACAACAUGA